AUGGUGGGCUGGGGAAUGGCGGUUCUGUGUUGGUGGGUCUCUUGUGGUGCUGCAGCGGGACAGCUGGAGUAUUCGGUGUUGGAGGAGACGGAACCGGGAGUUACUGUAGGCAAUAUCGCCUCGGACUUGAAGCUGUCAGCAGCUGUUCUGUCCUUGCGGAACUUUCGCUUCCUUUCCAACUACAGAGAGUCCUACUUCGGGGUCGACCUGGGCAGCGGUAGCUUGGUGGUUCAAGAGCUAGCGGACCGCGAGCAGUUGUGCCCGGCCAAAGCUUCUUGCAUCCUGACAUAUGAGCUAAUGUUUGAGGACCCUCUAGAGCUGCACAAAAUACGUGUUCACCUUCUAGACACCAACGACAAUUCACCUCUCUUCCCUGCUGGAGAUGUGCACUUGCACAUCCCGGAGUUCCUGCCACCGGGAGCCCGGUUCAUUCUUCCGAAUGCCCAAGAUGCCGAUGAGGGAAGCAACGGCGCGCUAAGUUACAGCCUAAGCAUUAGCCAGCACUUUCGCCUGGACAUGGGAUCGCGGGUCGAUGGUAGCAAAUACCCAGAGCUGGUGCUAGAGAAAGCGCUGGAUCGAGAGCAGCGGGACACCCACCUGCUGGUGCUCACUGCUCAGGAUGGUGGCCUGCCUGCACGCUCUGGGGCCGCUCAAGUCACUAUCACUGUGGUGGACACCAACGACAAUGCACCUGUAUUUGAGCACUCCGUAUACAGUACUAAGGUUCCAGAGACUGCACCCAAUGGAACUGUGCUAUUCCACGUUCAAGCCUUGGAUCCGGAUGAAGGAUCCAAUGGAGAAGUCUGGUACUCCUUAAGCAAUAGCACACCAGCAGAGCUGAGGCACCUCUUUCACGUACAUCCUAAAAGUGGGGAGGUUCAAGUAGCUGCUUCACUAGGUCCACCAGAAACGUUAUUGGAAGCAUUUGUUGAAGCAAGAGAUGAAGGUGCUUUUAGUCUAGCUAGCACUACUAAACUGCUUGUGGAGGUGACUGAUGUGAACGAUCAUGCCCCCCAGAUGGACUUCAUGACCUUCUCCAGCUCAAUACUCGAGGAUGCAGCUCCUGGCACAGUGAUUGCUCUCCUUAGUGUAAAGGAUGAGGACCUAGGUUCCAAUGGUAAGGUCACUUGUAGCAUGUCCAGCAAAGGCCCCUUUCAGUUGAAGGCUUCCUUUGAUAGCUACUACAGACUGCUGACCGAUGGGCCCCUGGAUCGGGAGCAAGCAAGUGAAUACCAGAUCCUGAUCUCUGCUUCAGACGGUGGCUCACCCCCAUUAAGUACCCGAAGGACACUCACUGUGUCAGUUGCUGAUGUGAAUGACAACACACCAAACUUUCCUCAACCACAACAGGAACUUUUUGUGGCUGAAAACAAUAGCCCUGGAGUUUCCUUAGGCGGUGUGUUUGCUCAGGACCCAGAUCUGGGGGAGAAUGGCUUUGUCUUUUAUGAGCUGUUGGAUGUCAUUUCUGAACGGAUGCCAGUUUCCUCCAGCUUGGUGGCAGUGGAACCAACCACUGGUGUUAUCACUGCCAAAACUUCCUUUGACUUUGAGCAGCUCAGGGGGUUUAACUUCCAAGUGGAAGGCCGAGAUGGUGGCAUUCCUCCCAGAAGUGCAACAGUGACUGUGAACUUGUUUGUGGUAGACAGGAAUGACAAUGCACCAGACAUCUUGUUUCCCUUGCCUAGAAAUGGCUCUAUCCCAGUGGAAAGAGUGCCCCGCUUUGCCCGAGCUGGACACCUAGUCACAAAAGUGGUAGCAGAGGAUGCAGACAGUGGUUCCAAUGCCUGGCUCUCCUACCACAUUUCUCAGGCUUCUGACUCUAGUCUUUUCAGAAUUUCAGUCAACACCGGAGAGCUGCGAACUGCACGUUUAGUGUUUCCCACUGAUGCGGUCAAGCAGAGCGUGGUGGUAGUGGUUCAGGACCACGGAGAGCCACCGCUUUCCUCCUCUGUUAUUCUGGGUGUGCUGUUGAGCAACGCAGCUCCUCAGGUCAUUCCAGACUUUGAAGAUAUCUGGGAACCAAGAGCACAGCUUUCUGCCCGGAACUUGUACUUGAUAAUAGCCCUGGUCUGCAUUUCCUUUUUAUUUCUGGGGUGCUUGUUUUUCUUUGUGUGCAUCAAGUUGAACCAGAGCCCAGAUUGUUGCUCUCAGAACUUCUGUCAUUCUCCAGAAAAUGAGAGACACAAGAGGACGAUGGCUUCUAGUCCUUGGGUGACAUCAGCCACAAUAGAUGUCACCACAGUCGAGAGACUUUCUCAGACAUAUCUCUAUCAAGCUUCUCUGGGACCUGGUUAUGGUAAUAACAGCUUUUUCUUGCAUGGGAAAUACAAGGCUGCUGAUCUGAGAAAUCUGGCCCCUGGUGUAGGAAUGAAUUUGCCAGUAUCCUGUGUUCAGAUUCGGAAUAGGAAAGGGGAUCAUUCAAAUGUGGAAGCCGUGCCCCGGCAGCCCAACCCUGACUGGCGCUACUCUGCCUCGCUAAGAGCAGGCAUGCACAGCUCUGUGCACCUGGAGGAGGCUGGCAUUCUACGGGCUGGUCCAGGAGGGCCUGAUCAGCAGUGGCCAACAGUAUCCAGUGCAACACCAGAACCUGAGGCAGGAGAGGUGUCCCCUCCGGUGGGCGCCGGUGUCAACAGCAACAGCUGGACCUUUAAAUACGGACCAGGCAACCCCAAACAGUCCGGUCCCGGUGAGUUGCCAGACAAAUUCAUUAUCCCAGGAUCUCCUGCAAUCAUCUCCAUCCGGCAGGAGCCUGCUAACAACCAAAUUGACAAAAGCGAUUUUAUAACCUUCGGCAAAAAGGAGGAGACCAAGAAAAAGAAGAAAAAGAAGAAGGGUAACAAGACCCAGGAGAAAAAAGAGAAAGGGAACAGCACGACGGACAACAGUGACCAGUGAGGCCACCAAAUGGAAACAAGCCACUUAGCCAGUUUUUGUAAUAAUGGCAAAUCUCUCCCAUGUAGCAACUCCCCGCUCCUUUCUCCUAUGACAUGAGCCCUCAGAAAUCUGCAGAAAGUUCCCUGUGUCUGUCUUGAUCGCAUUUAACAGGUUUUGUCUUAAAAAGCUUUCCUAAGUCUGGUGUUAACUCUCUCUCUCUCCACUCUGGCUUGUUUUCAGAACCUAAAAAGCAGACCCAGGUUUCCUUUCUCCCCCGCCGCAAAGGAGAAGCUUCCCAGCCCCGCCAGUGAGAGUUGGACUCUCUGCCCUGUGCUUCAAGCAUCCUGUCUUGAUGAUAUUUGCAGGGCAGGCUGAAAGGUAUUCAGGUUGAGCAGUUGGGUGUUUGUGGUCACUGGGUAUGUGUGGCUACCAAGAGUGUUGGAGAGCCUGGUAUUGGCUGGGAUGGUCCAGAUUAGACUAGUUAACACAAGGAGGGCUGGGGCUCAAAGGCACAUCAACACCGGGAGUCUUUCAUCUGGAGGGGGAAAAUGUGAAACUUACAAGGACCAGACUUUCUCAAUCUCUCAACUAGACAUAUGAUGGCCAUCCUCUAACAGACAAAACCAUCCCCACCGGCAAAGCUUUAGGAGCCCCUCAAGUGUGCUGGCUAUAACAUCACUGUAUUCAAAACCUGCAGUAUGCACACGAGCCAGCAGUUCAAGCGUUUAACAAGAGGGUCGGCCAGGGCAACAGAAGCAGAUCUGAUGUGUUUCCUGUACACGUCCUUGUGCUCACGCUAUUAAAAAUUCUUUUGCACACAAUGUUUAUGAAAAGGUCUCAUCCUUUUCCAACAACACAUAUGCAAAAGCAAAAGAAAAACCCAAGACCUCACUUUAUGCUGUUUGUUGUUUGAUAGAUUUAUUAAAAAGAAAAGAGAAAGUCGAUAGCUAUAAAUCUUUAAAGGAAUAUGAUGAAUACAAUCCCCCCAACCUUCCCUCAAAAGAGAAUCCAGUCUACAGCCAUUUGAAAUGAUCGUUGCUGCUACAGAAGUGCUUUAAGAGAAUUGCCUGGAACAUCUGUAUUAUCCCGGCCACCUGCCAAUCACAGCUUUACUCUUUCAGGUCACUCUGGGGCUGCCUCUUGCAUGUAUUAAUUACUAAAUAGAAGGAUCUUUCUCUCUUUUCUAAGAAAAAUGAUGUGCACUUUGAUUACACAACCUUCUCUAACCCACGAUAUCAAGACCCAGAAACUGAAGAAAAAUCUUGUUUUCUCAUGCAUACAGUGAGCAGACUUUUCAUUCCUCUGGUUCUGUGGUUGUCUCGGUGUGCUAGCCUACACCUCCACCUUGUUUAGCUUUCCUUUUCUAGAACACUCUGAAUUGCUAACCUUACUAACACCUAUGAUGUUACCUGAAUCAAUCUCCCAUAUGUAUGCUGUAUGCUAUUAUAAGACUCCUGAGAUAUACUUACUCUGUGCUUGUGUAUGUGAAUGUUAAUGCAACUAUUACCUAGAGUGAACUUUAAGCUUUAUUGUUGAAUGUAAGCCCAUUAUAUUUCCUUUUGUACACCUGUGGAAAAGUGGAAUAGUGUUUUUUUUAAAACCAUUGUUAAUCAGCUUUUGUGUAUGAAAGACACAGUAAAAUUUCUUUCUUAAAUCAAGAUGCUGGUGAUUCAAGGAAUUUUAUUUAUGGUCAGCCAAGGGCUGUCUCUUGCCAAGAAUCCUGCUGGCAAGGGAAAAUGGAUAAAGCUGGUUUUUUUUUUUCCUAGUAAGAAUUCUGGAAUAAAUACUGAAGAAAGUCCCUGAGGGUAUGCAAGCACAAAAUUGUACCAAUCUGACCUCUUUGAAUUUGCAGACUGCUUUGAAAUGCUAUCCGGAAUAUCAGCUUGUAGAAAGUAAUAAAAUUUACUGUUACCAUAAAUAAGACAUUUUAAGUUUAUUGUGCACAACUUAGAUGUUUGAUUAAUUAUAUUAUCUACUUAAAAGCAUAUAAAAGAGGUAGGAGUCUGUUUUAAAAGGCAUAAAAAAUCUCAAAAAAAAAAAACCUGUCUUGUCUACUUUUAGCUUCAUUCUCCCAUAUUUUGAAGGGUGUGUAACUUCAGCUCUGCAGGAUUGCAUGGGGUAAAACUCGUUGACAGCGCAUGUGAACCAUUGCUACAUUGUAGGUUGUGAUCAUUUUGCCCCACUGAAGCCCAUGUAACUGACCUUACGUGCCUUUUGAACUAGGAGAAUCGGGCUAUAAUUUAUUAAUGAUGAUAAUGAUAAUGUAUAUGUACAGCACUUUUUAACCUUACAAAGUGCUUUCCAAUUCGUGUUAGUUAUUAGUUAUUACAGCUGUAAGGAUAAAACACGUCAUGUGGAUUCAUUUUUAAUUGGUGCUAUUGGUAUUUCCUCUGUUCUUGCUAAUAAAUGGAAAUGGUGGUGU